AGUGGAAAACGACAGGUAAAGGCACGCCUCUUAGCUGGAGUGGAACUACAUUCCCCAACGACACUGGUCUGUUUGUGGCUAAUCGUAGGACAACUGCAACAACUCUGAAGCUGGUUGCAAACAACUGCUUCGUCUGCGGACACAAUUUACCGUGUGUUGACGAACACCAGUGUUAUUCCUGAGGUCCCUGACCUCUCACACAGAAAUGUCAGACUCAUCAAGUGAUACGGAGUCAUCCUCUGGAUGGACCAUCAUUACAAAUGAGGGCUCAGAUAUUGAGACCCUUGGAUCAGAGACAGUGGUGGAAAAUAAAACUGAGCAGUUGGAGCGCCCUCCAGUGGAGGAGGUGAAGCAGCCGGACACACCUGAAGCUUUUGCAUUAGUUGUGUGUACUGAAGAACCAGCUGCCGAUUCACUGGAAGAUACACUCGAACAACAAACUAUAGCCGAGACACUGUGCGCCUCUGAGGACAGAGAAAAUGUUGCAGAGAAAGAGCAAGGGUCUCUGUUGUCCUUCAGUGAUCACUCUGACAUCGUGACUCUGGCAGACAUGAGGGAGGACGAGCAUGCAGAUGUUGAGGAUGCAGCAACUGGCAGUGAAGACUUGUACAUGGGGACAUCCAGCAGCAGCCAUUACUCUUUCAUAGCUUCAGAAACUGGUCUACCAGUGCAGCAGGCUGCAGUAGUAAACAGCAGCAGCAGCAGCAGCAGCAGUGAGGAUGAGGCAAGAAGAAGCCCUAGCUCUGUGCCACGAAGACGACGGGUGAGGAAGAAUACGACAGGAAUGGAGGAAGAGGAGGAACAAGAGCCUGGUCCUAAGGAUGAGUUGGAGCGUAAGAAGGUGAAAGAGGAGGAGAAGAAGGAAGAAGACAAAGUCGACGCCUCUCGGAAUUUCAGAACGCAAGGCUGCAAAAGCAUUGUCAUCACCUGCGUCAUGCUCCUGCUGGUCACUGCUGUCUGUAUGGGUGUCGGUCACAUCUUUGGCACAUAUGAGGUUCCAGAACGACCCAAAUUUGUCUGUGGAGGUGUUUUUGAUCUGUUUCAUGAAGAACCUUUCACAGUGCAGCAGGCCUUGGAUCAUGAAGGCAGAGAUCAUGAAGUUUUGGCCCAACUUCCAAAAUUACCUAAGAAGAUGCAUGAGGUCAGACAGCCACGUGUUCAGAAAAAGGACUUGAAACACAGAGAUGAGGAGAUGACUUACAUGUUGGUGGAGCGUCAGAGGCUAAGUGUCGAGAACAAGGAGCUCAAACUCACACUCGAGGGUGAAAAGAAGUCCUUGUCAACUCUACAGAAAGAGCUGAGAAACCUGCGCAACAAGAUCAGAGAUCUGGAGGCGCAAGGAGCUGGAGUCGACUCAGUGCUCUCAGAAAACACCAGGAUGAAAGAGCAGCUGGAAGAGGAACAGCAGGUGAUCAGAAACCUCUACGCCCAGAAGGAGGAAUUAGCAGCUGAAACACAGGCACUGAAGAUGAACUUAAAGAAAGAGAGAGAGGUCACAGGUCAGUUGAGGAGUGAGCUCGAUCAACGUCUGUUAGAGAUGGAGCAGAAGCUGAGCUUUGAACAGCAGCGCUCUGAUCUGUGGGAGCGACUUUACGUGGAGACUAAAGAAACACGAGCCAAAGGAGACACAGAGUCAAAAGUGAAGAAACCCAGAGAGGGCAUGGCAGGGAAGGUGAAGGACACGUUUGAUGCUGUUAAAAACUCCUCCAAGGAGUUUGUUCACCACCACAAGGAGCAGAUUAAGAAAGCAAAGGAGGCCGUGAAGGAGAACUUGAGGAAGUUUUCUGAUUCUGUUAAAUCAACAUUUCGACAUUUUAAAGAUUCUGCUUCAACUCUGUUCAAGAAGGUCAGAGGAUUUUCGAAUAAAAAAAGGGAUCAGAAGACCCUAAAAGAGCCAUGGCAGCACAGACACCACAAACCUUUCCACAAGCACACACAAAAAGAGGAGGACUCCUCCUCCCGGAGCAACUACAACACUCGGAAACCAGGUCCCAAAGUCCAGCAGGAUCAGUGGAGACUGCGUCUGGAUUUGAAAGGAUGUGACAGUGUUUUUGAUUGCGCCUACCAAGAGUCCAUGAGUUUCUUUAACGUAGCCACGGAGCCAGUCAGAGCCGAUGAAUUUCACCAGCUGCUGCAGAGCUACGUGCAGCAGGAAGUUGACCACUUUCACAAGUGGAAAGAGUUGGAGGUGUUCGUCAAUGGCUUUUUUCACAACGGGAUAUUCAUCCACGACCAGAUGCUGUUCACAGACUUUGUCUGCCGUGUGGAGGACUAUCUGGCAGACAUGGCCCUGCAGCACCACGGUCUCCAUGAUAGGUUUGGAGAUCUGGACGACUACGUCUACAGGCAUUUCUUUGGAGAUGCUUACACAAAAAACCCAAUCCCGAGAGGGCCAUUCGAUAAACCCGUCACCAACUUAAAGGAGGAGCUUCGGUCGAAGCAUCACCAGAGGAAGCAGCAGAAAGCCAAACCUUGGUCUUGGUGUGAACGCAAGAGACGAUCAGGGAAAAACUCAGACACACACAUGGCUGACGUCAAAAUAGAACUUGGCCCAAUGCCCUUUGAUCCUAAAUACUGAUUGUACAGUGCACCUCCCUGCUGCUUGGUUAUCAUGGCUGCAAAUUCCAUUUUGGGUUAUAUUUAGAAUUUUAGAUGCUUUUUUGUUUGUUUGCACAUUUUAAUUUUUUUGUAAUGCUACUGAACAUCCUCGAGUGGUUUUGUGUUAGAUACGUAGUCAUGGCUUCGAGACAAUGUGACACCAUGUGUAGUCUGAACAUUUGUAACAUAGGAUCAUUUGACAUUUUAAAAAUGUUCACCUGUUAAAUUCCCAUUUGCUAAAAUAAUACUGAUUCAUUUACAUUUUUUUAAUUAUUCAGCAGAAUUCGUUCAGCUUUGAGCCUAAUAUUUUGUGUUAAAAAAAGAAAUUUCACAAAUAGGAUGUUUUCCAUGAAAAAGUUGGAAACUUGCUGCUAUGACAGCUGACAUGACAUGUUUAAAAAUUGAGCUUUUAACAUUCCACUGUAAGCUUAUUUACAAAUCUUCAUCAUUUUACAUAAAAGCAAAUGCUGGGAUAAAACACUAAAAUGGAGACAACACACACAUAUUUGACACAUCUGAAAGUUGAUCAUUUGAAAUCUUAAAAAUAUUUAUUAUCCAGAAAAUGUCAAACAGUGUGAUUUAGAAGGAGUGUUUGGUUAGUGCCUUUCAUAAAUAAAGAUGCUUUCU